GCUGGCAGUGAUGGAGAGAGCAUAGGAAACUGUCCCUUCUCCCAGAGGCUCUUCAUGAUCCUGUGGCUGAAGGGAGUCGUGUUCAGUGUCACAACAGUGGACCUGAAGAGGAAACCAGCAGACCUUCAGAAUCUGGCUCCAGGCACUCACCCACCCUUCAUCACAUACAAUGGGGAAGUGAGAACAGAUGUGAACAAGAUUGAAGAGUUCCUGGAAGAUGUUCUGGCCCCACCCAAGUACCUGAAACUCUCACCAAAGCAUCCAGAAUCCAACACUGCUGGAAUGGAUAUAUUUGCCAAAUUUUCUGCAUAUAUCAAGAACUCUAGACCAGAAGCUAAUGAAGCCUUAGAACGUGGCCUCUUGAAAACCCUGCAGAAGCUGGAUGAGUACCUGAACUCCCCUCUCCCUGAUGAGAUCGAUGAGAACAGCCUGGAGGAUGUCACAGUCUCCACCCGCAAGUUCCUGGAUGGCAACGAGAUGACCUUGGCCGACUGCAACCUGCUGCCCAAACUGCACAUUGUCAAGGUGGUGGCCAAAAAAUACCGCAACUUUGAGAUUCCCAAGGAGAUGACAGGGAUCUGGAGAUACCUGACAAAUGCUUACAGCAGGGAUGAGUUCACCAACACCUGUCCUGGAGACAAGGAGAUUGAAAUAGCUUACAGUGAUGUAGCCAAGAGACUCACCAAGUAAUCAGCACUUGCGAAAGGAUGACGUCCUGCAUAUCCCGUAACAACGCUUCUAACAGACUGCUCUUUUCAUAUCAAAUAGCAAUUGUUUUUUGCAUGAACUCGCAGUUACUCCAAGUCACGGUGGAUAGACCAGGUACAGUAAUUACCUAAAGUUUGCAGACUUUAAUUACAGGCUUGUUUUUCCUGACCUCCUCUCCCAGCCUUUGAAUAUGAUCGAUGCAGUCGUGUUCCCGUUGCACUGGGGUGACUCUGGAUUCUUCAGUGUGAAGGCUUGUCUUGCCCCUGCUGCUUUUCUCUGUAAACAUCUGGUCCAUGAUUUGUCCAGGAAUUGGUUUAGGAUCCUGUCUCACUGUAUGGUACAAGGAAUAUUUAUGUAUUUUGGAAUUUAUUGCUUUUCCAGAAGAUCUGUACACAGCUGUCACACCUGUGACACACUGAACUGUACCUGCUUGUCUAUCCUAUUUACAUAGAGAAGGGAACUUAGUAUCCAAAAGAGCCAUUUGCAAAAUAUUUGGCAAUGUUUUGUUGGUUUCUUUUGUUGUAUUUUUUUUUUUUUAAAUCUCUUGGAUUUGAAGUCACAGUAAUGGUUGAGAAUGGACUCAACGUGAACCUUGGAUUUGGAUGACCUCAGCUUCAGGGAAGUUUGAAUCCAGGCUUGAGAGCUGGGGCAGGAAGCUCAAAGCUCAGAGUUGAUGUUUAUUGUGUCUUCAGGAGCUUGAGGAGAUUUAAACACCUGCAUUGUCUGAAUUUUGAGUUGCAGCAAACAAAUAAUUGUCAGGAUUUACCAUCAGGAAACAGCAGAGCUGGAAGCUGCUCUCUGUUCACUUUAAGAAUUGCAAGUGGCUUUCUUUUUGGUAGUUAAGAACCUUUUUUGUUUUGUAUAGGUCUUUUUGGUGAUUUUUACUUCAAAAUCUGUUCUGUCAUAGCCCAAAUCCAUGGAAACUGUAGUGUCCUAACUCUGGGUGGGGAGUAGCAGUGCAAUGAUUAGUGAUGCAAAAUGGACUGAGAGCCAUGAAAUGGGAAUUUUUUAAUGCCCUUUCUUCCCUGAAGAAAGCUAAAGUGACCUUUAAAGAGAACAUUUGCCUUAAAUGAUAGCAGAGUUUGGUUUUUUUUUCCUUAAAGGAAAUCUGGGAAUUUUGUAAGGAAACGGUGGUGGAAUUGAAUUUAUCCCAAUUGUUUCUGUGCACCUGGACUGCAGUUUUGCAUACUCAUAAUCAUUGCACUACUAAAAUCUUUUUACAGCAACACUGAGGAAUAGCACUACAAUUUUUUUAAAAGCAAUUUUCAAAUGUUUCUAAACCAGGGAAUAGUUUUCUUGUUUAAAAUUAAUGGUUUUGAUGCAUGAAAUAAACUGCUAGGUUAUUUUUAAAAGACCAUCAUAAACAACUCCAAAGAAUUCUAGACUUAUAUGCCUAUUUUUUUGUAAAGAUACUUUUAUAUUUAACUGAUUUUAGAAGCUGGAAAGUGCUAUUCCUGCUAGGUUGUUCUUGGAAUAUUUAACAUUCUGCAAUAACGUGGAAAUGCUCACAUAAACACUUUUAUACACUAAUUUUAUUUUAUUUUAUUUUUUGGUAAGCACUGGCUUUCUAAAAGCAGCCUGACUUUUCUGAGCAUCCUGCUUUUGCUACUUUAUGUACCCCUGGAGUUAGCUCAACAUAGAAGAGGUAGAGAACCAGAUCCAUAUUUGUACACCUGGCUUGUGGUGCCUUGCCUUGCCUUCCUCGAGCUAGAAUUCAAUAUAAAGGCACUUAGCAAUCCUGUCACAUCUCUUUCAAAGGCAACUCUCUUAGAUACAUUUAAUCCCCGUUCUGAAUUUUUACAGGAAUGUUUAGGCACAGAGGGAAAAUCCUGGGGAGCAAACCCAAACUGUAGCCCUUUAAUAAUUACUGUACUCUGAUGUCACAUUCCCCUCCUGAGUAAAGUUCCUCAGCCAUAAGAACCCUCUGUAGGGCUUCAGUCUCUGCUACAACGUGACAUCCAGAAAAAGGAAUGACUUUUUUAUUUAGAGAACAGCAUUUUUAAUGACACAUAGGGUGAAAAAACCCCAAACCCAACCCUCCUUGGUUUGGUGCUCUUUGCAGUCAUAGAGUUGACAAAGCUGUAGGAAGCAAGUGUUUGUGGGCAUAUCUUGAAGUUUUUAGCUCUACUUUUAAAAACAGAUGAGGAUGGCCCUUGGAAGUUGUGUUGAUGGGGUUGUAGGAGUCAGGCUGUGCUCCCUUUCCCAGGGAAUUAUCCCUGGAGUGCAGGGCACCCACAGCCAGGAGCUGCUGGGGUGCUGCAGCUUCUUCUGGAGAUAAUCCAUCCCCUCUGCUGUUCAGGCAGCCUUGAAACCAUUCUGCUUCUCCCUCAGCCUUCUAAUUGUGUCUGAGAGCUUGUAAACAGAGUUCAAGCUCUGGCUGUGACCACUGGGUUCCUUAUCUGGGCACAGCGGAGCCUUUCCCUCGGAGGUGGAAUUCCAAUGAGCACCAGCUUGGCACUGCAAACUGUCCUGGGUGUCUCUUUGGUUUCCUGCUGCAGUUUUGUUGUGGCAGGAGCUGUCCCAGCCCCUCCUGGCUCGGGGAGGGAGCAGGAAUCUGGUGGAGAGGAGCAGCUCCCAGCUCCGUAGGUGAUCCCUGCAGAGCAGCGGGGAACGGCAGCGUCUGGUGUGGGCAGAGCACUUUCAUCUGGCCCCAAUCACCAGCUCCACACUAAUUAAAAAAGCCCUUUCAUAACUAUGUAAAUUCUUGACUUCUGUCAACUUGUUUACAAUCUGAUCUUUAAAUGCAUUUUUAAUUUCAUCAAACAGCAAUUAAUCUACCCCCUGUUUAAAUUUAAAAUGCUGCUUCUAGCCCCUUCUCCAAUUUAAAAACAGCAGUUGCCCUUUCAAGUAGGCAUUCCAGUUUGCAAGUUGGCUGCAUGUAUUAGCAUGCUGAAUAACUUACUUUAUUCUCAAGCUGAAAUAUGCUUAAAUUCACAUGAAAACAGGUGACUUGUGUAUUUCCUGAACACAAAGGGAAAAUUCACCACCUGCACCCUGUUUUUGUGUGGGAGAACAGAUUAUCUUAGGUGCAUUAUUAUUUUAUUUUUCACUUUAACAAAGUUUUCCUUCUGCUGCCUGUUGAACAAGAGGCACGUGGGACUCGUGGAGCAAUUCCAUCCCCUCCACAGCUUCCCUGGGUGUCCCACACGGGCAGUCCCAGCUUUUAGCUUCUCAUUUUCCCAUAAAAUCCCUGUUUUCUCCACACUGGGCAUGUCCAAACUGAUCAAGAGCUGCGUGAUAAGGAGAGAGAUGUAAUCAAAUUUUUAUGCUAAAGCAGCAAAUUAGCAUUUGGUAUCAAAGGAGCACAGAGAGGAAUAAAUGGGAGCUGCUGGAGCCAAAGCCAGCGAUGCCUAUCUGGGUGCAGAACAAAAAGUGGUGAAGUGCAGGCAGCUCUGAACAGCUGAACACAUCCAGGGAAUGUUUUCAGGAGAAAGCUGGGACCAAGUGACAAAUGCUCCAUCUGCCUCACAACCUGUGCCACCAACUCUUGCCUUUUGUUCCUGGAGGGGGUGGGAGCAGGAUGAGGGGAUGGAACCUCCCAAGACAUCAAGGAUUGGAGCGUGGUUUGGAGAAAUACUUGAAGAGUUGAUUCAAUUUGUUGUAGUUUGCUUAUGUCUUUCACUUUCUGGAACAUCUUUUACAGAUAUACCAGUAUACUGCUGGCAGCUAUUGUUAAAUAAAAUUAUAUUUUCACU